AUGGCGACAUUCUGGACCUAUGAUUAUGUUUGUUCACUUCACGAAGAGUGGAAGUUCCUGCGUCGGUCGCACUGGACGAAGGUGAAAGUCCUUUAUAUCAUUGCGCGAUAUGUCCCCUUUUUAUUCAUCAUCACGGACAUAUAUCUGAAUUUCUCCCCGAGCGAGAACCCCAAAAAAUGCAAGAUACUGGUCAAUAUUUACUCAAGUCUCGGAGUGAUAUCGCUCACUUGUUCUGAAUGCUUUUUUGUGCUCAGGACAUAUGCGCUUUGGAACGGUAAUAGGAUUGUGCUUGUAGCCAUGCUGUCUACCCUUUUUGCUAUCAUUGUAUCGUUCAUUGGCAUUUGUUUUAGCGCUAUUGCUACCUCUUAUGUUACGACUAGCGCGGUCCCAGGCAUCACAGGCUGCUACCGGAGUUCAACCAGUGUCCAAUUCUUCAUGCCGUUUCUUCUCUUGCUUGCCUUUCAACUUGGACUGUUCAUACUAACACUUAUACGUGCCUUCCAGACCUGGAGAACGUCCAACGGCGGUAUGCACACCGUUCUGAUGAAGCAUAACAUAUUCUACUAUGCAUGCGGUCUGUUUCUCUCGGCCGUGAAUGUCCUUGCGCCAGUAAUGUUUUCUGAUCCCGCAUAUUACUCCCUCCUCGAAGAUUUGCAAGCCUUUGUCCUUGCGAUCCUCGCCACGCGCAUGCACCUCCAUCUCUGGCAUAUCGACCGGGACGUGCACGGCUCCGAGAUCCUCGCGUGUAUUUCUAUGUCCGACAUGUCAUCUGGGGACCGUACGAUCACUACGUUGUGA